AUGAUUAUCGUAUUCUUUUUUGCCUUCCUUCUUCUCUCAUGUCUACCUUUCCUUCACUCUGCUACAAACCACAACACUUCCAUUCCAAUCUGCCCAAAAAGUUUCACUUGCCCAAAUUUGGAACCAUUUAGUUACCCGUUUUAUAACGCCAAUGACACAAAGUGUGGGUUGAUUAAGGUCAAUUGUACUUCAAAUGGUACAAAUCUGGAAUUCAGCGGAGAUUUAUAUGAGGUUGGCGGCAACUAUAGAUCUUAUUCUCAACCAUCCGUCUUGGUCCUUGUCCAUAACAAAAAGUUUGAAAAACUUGUAAAUGAUAAAAAGUGUGAGGCACUUGAGUAUAAUUUCACUUCUCCAUUUCCUUUUUUGUAUUCUACUAAGAUCGAACCCUUAAUCAAUGUCUACAAAUGCACCAACAAUACCAAUCAUGCUGAGGAAAUGGUUGCUUAUUUUAACCCAUCUACUUACAAUAGAUACAGCAAAUGCAAACCAUACAAUUUCUAUUAUAAGUAUAACAUAAGUGAUACAACAUUUCCAAGUGACCUACCACCUACAUGUGAAGUAAUACGGUUACCUGUGAAACUGCAAUAUAAUACCACUAGAGUACCCGACAAAACCAACUUUCAGUGUUUAGGCGCCACAAAAGUUGAUGAGGCAAAAAAACGACACAGAAAACAGAAACAGAUUCUAGCUGUUUGUGUAGGAUUUGGGAUAAUGUUGAUUGUGAUAAUCUUAUGUUGCAUAUGGAAACUCGGAUGGCGAAUAAAGACAAAGAAGUAUGCUAAUGUGGAAUCAUUUCUAGAAAAUCACGAAUUUCUUGCGAAAAGGAAAAAUAUUGAGGUUGGAGUUGAUCACACAAGUGAAAUAUACUUUCCUCAUUGGAUAUACAAAAAGGUCAAAUUUAAUGAAGAACUUGGACUGCAUACAAGUGUGAGUGAUGGAGAAAAAGAGAUGGUAAGAAAAAUGAUUAUUGUGGGCUUAUGGUGCAUACAAACAAAUCCCUUGAACCGACCAACAAUCACGAAGGCAUUGGAAAUGUUAGAAGGGGACUUAGAGUCGUUGGAAAUCCCUCCAAAACCUUAUUUGUCUUCUCCAUGA